AUGUAUGAAGCUUACACCCCAAAUGAAGUUGCCGUGAAAUUGCCGCUGGAAAUCACAUCGCUCACAUGUCAAAAGUCAUGUGGAAGCGUGUACGCAGGCAGCAAAGUCGGACAGCUUUUCGUUUAUACUCCCAAGAGAACCAGUCGGCGAGGAUUUGAUCUCGACACAUUAUGUAAGCAGUUUGAAAGAAAAGCAGUGAUGGAUUUAUCGAUCUGUGAAGAACAGGAUUUGGUUUUCUGUGUGUCUGACGGGCAAAUGGCUGCGCAUUUUCUAAAAGACCGUCAUUUUCCCGUUGUAUCAAUACUUCAUAAGAUCAAGCCCGUAAAUGGUUUUGCUACGUGGUUUCCAGAGGAUAGCGAUACAUUGCAUAUAUUCGUUUCUUCGAAGAAGAGGUUGUUCUUGUUCAAGUGGUUCGACAAAGAUUUUCAUGAUGUCCGUCUGGACUACAACCAAUCCUUUGCAGAUAAACCAAAUACAAUGAGAGUAGUCGGUAGCACCCUGUUCAUGAGCUGCGGUCGAGAAUAUAUUCUCAUGAAACUUACAAAGACCACCAACGAGGAUGGAGAGUCUUGGUUCGGCGAUUGUCGACGUCUCUUCGAUGUUAGCGAUAAUCCAUCGAUAAUCCUAAUAGGGGACCGCGAUCUUUUAGGAUUUUCGUAUGGCGACACUCUCAUUUUCACCAAUUUCGAAGGACAAAAGACUCCGUUAGCCGAUGUGCGCUUUAGUGACGUGCCUUGCGAUAUAGGCUAUGUAUUUGUCAGCAGCCCAUUUGAUGUGUGGAUGCUGGAUGCCCAUGCAAAUAUUCGCAAGAAUGUUUCUACACUCAUAUCCGACAAACAGUUUGAGUUGGCCAUCCAAGUUGUGGAAAUGUCGAACUUCUUCACAGAGGAUAACAAAAUCGAAAUCAAAAGACAAGCAGCCUUGAAUUUAUUUCAUCGAAGGCGAUUUGAGGAGUCUUUUCAAUUGCACGCAGAGAUCAAAACAGAUGUGAUAACGAUUAUCCAAAUGUUUCCGGAAUUUUUGCCCGAGAAAUUGCGAACUAAUGCAGCUGCGUUUGAUCUCCCAGCUAAUGACAAGAAACGAGCAUUGCUCGCUCUGGGAAACUACCUGUCAGCGGUUCGCUCGGACUUGUCGAAGCAAGUGGAUCAGUGCACUAAGGAUCGACAUCACAGUCACUCGAACCUCAACUCAGAUCACCUUAAAAGUCUCCAUAUAUCUCUUCAAGUGGUUGACACAGCCCUUUUGAAAUGUUAUCUACAGCUACAAAUCUUCACUAUUUUAUCUUUAGCCUUGGAGCUUCUUCAUAAACAGUUCCUGGAACCAGAAGCAGACCCAUUUUUCCACGAUUUGGAUCGAACUAUUAGCUAUUUGCAAACACUUGGAAAUACCCAUCUAGAGCUCAUAUUCAAAUACGCCCGAUGGGUGCUUGAUAAAGAUGUUGCAAGUGGUCUUGAGGUUGGUCAGUUCAUAUUUUACUUUACUUUAAUCUGGAACAUGUUAAAAACUUCCAUUUUUCAAAGAUAUUCAUCGGUGAAGAGUCUGACGUAG